AACAGACGUUGUCAUUUGCUCCUUCCCCCCCUUCUUCCAACCAUCCCCACAUAAGAGUGCAAGUAUUGAAUAUUCAUCUAAGUUCUUGCAUGCAAAAAUGAGAUAAUAAUACGUGCUGCAGCCAAGGAUGACUUGCCGGCAUCAACCAACUUCUCCGGUAUAACUUCUCUUCUUCUUUUUUUCUUUUUUUUUUUUUUUAAAUUUUUUUACUAGGGAGGAUAGGAUUUGAAACUAUUACAAAAAUUUAAGGAAUAUGAGAGUUUCAAAUUCAAAACGCAUAGGUGGUAUCCGAACACUCUAAAUCAUUAUAACUUAUUACGAUGCAAGAAAAUUAGUCCAAAGCAUAGGUUAGGAUUUGUUUUGCUACGAUCGUUAGCUCUAAAAGCGUGGAUUGGUGGCAAUUAGGAAGAGGUAGGUGUGUUUCGAGCAGAGAUAACCGGCAAGUUGUCUGUGGCUACAUGUCUAUUUCAUGUUUGCAUGUUAGAUCUCUACGAUGACAAACGAAACGGCGAGGGAAGAGGCCAAGAUUGAUCCAACAUGCCAUGGCUUAAGUAAGUUUUCUCGAUCUGUUUCGCUAAUCCUCGUGCGAUCAGGGUUGUAAUUAUUUAAUUAGUACCAUACUUUGAUUAAAUAAGCUAACUAGCUGACGUGCUUUGUAUUUGUUAGAGCAUUUUCGGUUUGGUGGAUUUGGACCUAGGACUAGACUUGUUUCUCACACGAUAGAUCCAAGUUAGGCCAGUUAAUUAAGGCAAUGUGACCGUUCCCUUACAUCUAAGUUGGAAUCACCCUCCUGACAAGUUAGAAUAGUUUAAAAUACCGCUUUGUCACCAAAAAGAAAAAGAAAAAUACAUGUUUGCAUGGAACCUAAGUCUAGAAACCUAAGCACCAAACCCACUAGAACAGUGACAACAUUCUCCACAGCAUUUCCAGAUGACUUAUGAUCUUAGCUCAUUGGCCAUUUUCCUAGUACCUGGACAUGUCACCAGAAUCUCUAGAAACCUAUGUCCCAAGAUUUCAUAGUAUUAUCUGUUCAUUGUUGGAGUUGGAGAAAUGAUCCUCAUGGUUCAGAAUAAUAUAUACACAGCAAGUGCAGCAGGUAAAAAUAAAAUAACAUACAUUGUAGCCUAUCAGAGGUUUACACAUGGCAUGCUUAGACAAACAUAGGUUGCACUCCGACAUGCACAUUAGCAUAUAUAAGCAUGCCUUCCCCCGUUUCUCCAGAGCAGAACCACCCACUGUAGAGCUCAGCUUCAAAGAAUAUAGCUGAGAAAAAAAUAUGAAGGCAGGAGGAGGACCAGUUGUUAAGGUUACUGAAGCCUCGAAACCGAUCCCGAAAAUCAAGUCGAGCAGAGUACUCGCUGUUCUAGACUUCACUCUGCGCGUCGUUGCAGUGAUCGGAACAUUGGCUAGUGCCAUAGCUAUGGGAACCAGCAGGGAAACACUUCCCUUCGCCACACGGUUUGUUCGCUUCAGGGCUCGGUACAAGGAUCUUCCCACGUUAACGUUCUUUGUGAUGACCAAUUCGAUCGUAUGCGUCUACCUUGUGCUUUCCCUUCCUGUAUCUAUUGUCCAUAUCAUCUGGACUGCAGCAGUAAACAGUAGGAUCAUCUUGAUCAUCUCAGACACGGUGAUGAUGGGGCUUGUAACUGCCGGAGCUUCAGCAGCUACAGCCAUAGUGUACCUGGCGCACUACGGGAACCCCGGCACCAACUGGUUCGCAUUCUGUCAGCAGUUCAACAGCUUCUGUGGGCGCAUUUCCGGGUCUCUCAUUGGCUCCUUCAUCGCCAUAACUGUACUUCUACUGCUAAUCAUCAUGUCAUCUGUGGCAAUUUCUCGACGCUGAUGUGCUGCAAGCAACUGUUGGCGAUGAAUGCCAUCUAUUUGUGGGAAUACAAAUAUGAAUUUGCAAGUGUGUUACGUACCUUGUGUAAAUUUAAUUAAACUGUAAACCAUAUUUGCAAUAUCUAAUUACAAUUUUCUUUUGCACUAAAUAAAACCAACACUCACUGCAAUGAAUCUAAGCACAAACAGAUCUCCUAAAAUUGCAGAUUAAUCAAUCAUACACAACCAAACAUAUUUGGUUAAUUAUGUCACCCCACGUACUACUAGGCCAAUAGUGCGACCAGAUCAUCCUUUGAUCCGAAGCAAACAUAGUCCAUCAAAAUGUGGCACAACCAAGGCUGUUUGAGAGCUUGUGUUCAGAGAGUAAUGUUGUGUGAUGGUUCCGUCCUCUAAAUUGUAAAUAGCCAUAUCACAUGGUUCAUCUCCCACGCUUUUUACCUAAAUCCGGUUCACAAGAGAUCCGUCUUCACCAUCAAACACGCACUUGUAAACCUCGAAUCCCAUAGUUUGCACUGCAACCUCAUCGACAUAGAGGCAUCUUUUACCCACGCAUAAAAUCUUAGGACGUGCAAUAGGUCAGUCACCCUUAACUGAUUCCAUAAGAUAUGCAUAAUGACAACUUUCUGGGAAGUCGUUUUCAGGUGUGAGUAGCUUCAGUUCAGGCGGCAGUGAAUGGUCAAUUUACUGCUAUCAACAUCCAGUGACCAAACACUUCUAAACCAGUUAGUAGCUUAGAGUUGGCUUUUACAAAAUAUAACGUCAACAAAUAUGUUAUGUGAUAGAUUGAAGUAAGUCCAAAACCUCUGACCUGCUUUGAAGAAAGCCAACCUGCGAAAAGUGCUACAACCGCAUAAUUAUCCGGAUUCAUUCAGGGAUCAGCUGAUAAGAUAAUCUUAUGGGUGUGAUGGUCAUGGUAGGGUGUGUUAUGUCCAGGGAUACUUCUAUUAUGGGAGGGAGAAGAACGAGCGGCGAUGUUUGUUGAAAGGGUUCCCGAGUGCUAUAAGCAGACCUUUCCGUUUGAUCUUCAAUUGUAGCUAGCUGCCAACCGUGGCUAGAGCCACUGCCACAACACCACUUUGUCAAGGGCACUUGUAACUUAAUAUUGUUGUGGAUUCUUCCUUCAUAAGUGCUGUAUAAUAUUAGUCUAAGUCCACAGUGGUCGUCGUGGUGGGGGUUGGGGAUCAAGAGCAUGGGAAGUACCUUGCGCCACCUGCUGCGUUGCAAGAUUAUAGAAUUUGGAAACAGAACGGGAUCGGCGGACAAGAAAACCUUACCGACGUUAUGAUCAUUGCAGCCUUUCAAAUCCCAAUCGUCUAUCCAGGCCUUCAAGAGAGGGAGAUGAAUGGAAUCACUUGGUCUUCUGAAAGGUCCCUGUGUGCUAUUAACGGACCUUCCUUUGUAUGAUCUACUUUGGCCAACUAAACAUAUCCACAGCCAUAACACCUCGUAGUCCUAAAAGGCACAUGGAACUGAAUAUCGUCGUUGAUUCUUCCUUCGGAAAUGCUGUAUAGCGCUCUUUGGUGCUUGCUUGGGAGGUCAGUUUUCAGGAUCAGGAGCAUGGGAAUAACUUAUUCAGAAUCGGAAAGAAUAGGGCUUCCGGAAGACUAGCCAAUGCCCAGUACUAAUACUAGUACUAGUAGUCUAGUACUGAUCAAGCUAACUGCAGCUCUGCGCUUCUUAUUCGAUUUAAAACUCGGCAUGAUCGUAGUGAAAUUCUUAAAGUUCAAUAACAUGAUGAAGAGAAGAAUGCUUUGAUGAGAAUAUGUAUAUAUACAAUUAAAACAGAAGACCAGUGAAAUUACUUGUGGUACUCUUAGGCUCACCAUUCUUAGUGAGGUUGGAGCCAGAAGAGAUAGAUCAUGUACCAAGCCACCAUUGAGUCAUAACUCCGCAACUCGCCUUGAGCCGAAUUAAUCUCCAACGCAACACAGUGCAUCAAGGUCUCAUUG